AUGGGUGCCAAGUUCAAUGGAUACGCGAUAUUCGCCUGGCGUGGCGAGAGCGAAGAAGCGUUCUGGUGGUGCAUUGACCAAUGUUGCACGCCCAGUGCGACUUGGCAGCCCAAUAUGAUAUUGGACGAUGGCGGAGACGCGACGCAUCUUAUGCUGAAGAAACACGCGCCUGCUUUCAAACAUAUUAAAGGUAUAGUAGAAGAGAGCGUGACGGGUGUCCACCGACUGUACCAGCUCAGCAAAGCGAACAAAUUAUGCGUUCCCGCUAUGAACGUCAACGAUUCGGUGACGAAAACGAAGUUCGACAACUUGUAUUCGUGUCGGGAAAGUAUAAUAGACGCUCUUAAACGCAGCACAGAUCUAAUGUUUGGGGGCAAACAGUCGGUAGUUUGCGGGUACGGAGAAGUCGGCAAAGGGUGCUGCCAGGCGCUGAAGGCUUUAGGAUGUGUUGUAUAUGUGACUGAAAUAGACCCAAUUUGUGCGUUACAAGCCGCCAUGGACGGUUAUAGAGUUGUUAAAUUAAAUGAGGUAAUCAGACAAGUGGACAUCGUAAUAACAGCGACGGGCAACAAAGGCGUGGUAACAAGAGAACACAUGGAGCGCAUGAAGAACGGCUGCGUGCUGUGCAACAUGGGCCACAGCAACACUGAGGUCGACGUGCACGCACUGCGCACGCCUGAUCUGCUGUGGGAGCGGGUUCGAAGCCAGGUGAGGCAGAAGCCAGGCGAGACGGUUAGAGGCCAGGCGAGACGGUUAGAAGCCGGGCGAGACAGUUAG